AUGUCAGUAACCUUGGAAGCCUCUUACUUGGUGAAGCCUAUGGAGCCAACACAGAGAGGACGUGUACCCUUAUCUGAAUGGGAUCAAACAGGAACCAUAAAUCACGUUUCCAUAAUAUACUUUUAUGGUCCCUCCAAACACUUUGAUCUCUCCCCAAACUAUACCAAUAUUGCUUCCACCUUGAAGGACUCAUUAAGCCGAGUCCUGGUACCGUUUUAUCCUCUAGCUGGUCGUUUGCACUGGAUAAAAAAUGGUCGUUUAGAGCUUGAUUGCAAUGCCAUGGGUGCUCAGUUCGUUGAAGCUCAGUCCUCGUUAAGAUUGGAAGAUCUAGGUGACUCUUCAUCCUCUUCGGGGUACCACUCCCUUGUUCCAAGUGUAGACUACACUCUCCCAUUUCACGAGUUGCCCUUGGUUCUGGUUCAGUUAACCAAGUUCAAGUGUGGUGGCAUUAGCAUUAGCAUAGCAAUUUCUCAUGCACUUGCUGAUGGAACAAGUGCAUUGCACUUCACUUCUGAAUGGGCGAGGCUUUCACGCGGCGAGCCUCUGCAAACGGUACCGUUUAUUGACAAGAAAGUGUUCCGAGCUGGGGAGCCUCCUUUGGCACCGCUAACAAAGUGUCGUGUUUACUCGGAGUUCGAUGACCUUCCGUUGUUGCUGGACCAAACAAAGAGGACAGAGGAAAGGAAGAAGAAAACCAAAGUGGCUAUUCUCAAACUAAGCAAAGUCCAAGUUGAGACGCUGAGAAAGACAGCAAAUGAGAGUCAUAGACCUAGGAACGGUCGUGGUUACACUCGUUACGAGAGUGUAACUGGCCACGUUUGGAGAAGUGCAUGCAAGGCAAGAGGGCACAAAGAGGACCAACCAACUGCGCUUUGUGUUUGUGUUGACUCGAGGGAUCGCCUGGAACCUCCUUUGCCAAAAGAGUAUUUUGGAAAUACCGUCAUCGAUGUGGUUGCUUCAAGUCUGGUGGGUGAUUUGGUGUCAAAGCCGUUGGGGUAUGCGUCGAGUAGAAUAAGAGAGGCGAUUGAGAGGGUGAAUGAUGAGUACGUGAGAUCGGGGAUUGAGUUCUUGAAGAAUCAAGAGGAUUUGAGUAGGUUUCAGGAUCUUCAUGGGAUAGGGAGUGAGAUCAAGGAGCCUUUAUAUGGGGAUCCUAAUCUUAGUGUUGUUAGUUGGUUGACGUUGCCGAUCUAUGGGAUUGAUUUUGGGUGGGGGAAGGAGCUUCAUAUGAAUCCAGGGCCAUAUGAUUUUGAUGGAGAUUGUGUGCUUCUUCCUGGUCCUGAUGGGGAUGGAUCUUUGUUGCUUGCUUUAUGUCUACAGGAAGUGCAUAUGGAUGCGUUUAACAAGCAUUUUUAUGAGGACAUUGAGUAA